AUGUCUUCCACCACAGCUUCAACGGAAAGCAUCGUCGAUAAAAUGCUACAUCCAAAGACUACAGAAAUAUACUUUUCACUUAACAAUGGAGUUCGUAUCCCAGCUUUGGGUUUAGGGACAGCUAAUCCUCAAGAGAAACUAGCUGAAACAAAACAGGCUGUUAAAGCUGCUAUCAAGGCUGGAUACAGACACAUUGAUACUGCCUGGGCUUACCGGACAGAACCUUUUGUAGGUGAAGCUAUCAAAGAACUAUUGGAAGAAGGAACUAUCAAAAGGGAAGAUCUUUUCAUUACCACAAAAGUUUGGCCCGUUCUAUGGGAUGAAGUAGACAGAUCAUUGAAUGAAUCUUUGAAAGCUUUAGGGCUGGACUACGUUGAUUUGCUCUUGCAACAUUGGCCGAUAUGUUUUGGAAAGGUCAAGGACCCUGAAGGAAUUAGCGGAUAUAUGAAGCUUCCGGUUGAUGAUUCUGGAAAGACCGUUUAUGCUUCUAACGGUGACUGGUUGGAAACCUACAAACAGUUGGAAAAGAUUUACCUUGACUCCAAUGACCAUCGUGUUAGAGCUAUUGGUGUCUCCAAUUUUUCCAUCGAGUACUUGGAGCGCCUUAUCAAGGAGUGCAAAGUUAAGCCAACCGUCAACCAAGUGGAGAGUCAUCCUCAUUUACCACAAGUAGAGUUGAGAAAGUUUUGCUUCAUGCACGACAUCCUACUAACAGCAUAUUCUCCACUAGGUUCUCAGGGAGCGCCAAAUUUGAAAAUCCCAUUGGUAAAGAAGCUUUGUGAAAAGUACAAUGUCACAGGAAACGAUUUAUUAAUUUCUUACCAUAUUAGACAGGGUACCAUCGUAAUUCCAAGAUCCUUGAAUCCAGUUAGAAUUUCCUCGAAUAUUGAAUUUGUUUGUUUGACGAAGGAUGAAUUACAAGAAUUGAACGAAUUCGGUGAAAAAUACCCUGUGAGAUUCAUGGAUGUUCCAUCUGUUGCCAUCCUUCCAGGUUUUACUGGUAAAGGACCUAAUUUAGACAAUUUGAAGUACUAA